CCGGACAAUCACUCCAGUGUAGUGAUCUGAUUGAGUUAUGCUUCAAUAACCAUGAUAAAAAUGAUAGCGACACAACUAAUUCUAAUUUCUUUUGUUAUAACCACCAAUGCACUAAGCAUAGGAACUGUGAGUGAACAAAAUGUGACAAAACGUGAAGCGAACCUAGGUGACUUGUUCCCGGAUUGGGUACCUUUCAAGAAUAAACACGGUGAGGAACUUGGAGAAUUCGUUCAGGUUGCCCGAAAACCUAAGAAGCGGUUAGCACCACCUGUUAACUUCGUGCUUAGAGCUGUAGCCGAAUCAGACGACGACUACUAUGAAAAGGGUCAAGGUGAGAGCGACAGUGAUGAUUAUUACGAAAAAAAAGAUUGGUCUGACAUCAAUAGAUCACCACCAUCCCAUGAUCCAAAUAAGGUAUUAAACCACACUGAAAUUUCUGAAAUAGACGGUGUUGUUAAUAUAAUUACCAAAAAAGCACCAAAUGCUGUAGUAGAAGCCCUCCAGAAAGCAAAACAGAAAAGUACCUCAGAAUUAAAAGAGAAAGAAGAAAAUGAAGCUUUUGGAAUAAGGGAUAGUGCUGAAGAAACGAAAAUUCCAAGUAGUAGAAAGAAAGCAAGAAAUUACGAAGAUGAAAUUGAUUAUGAAGACGGCAAUACCGAAAAACGGAAAUUAUUAGAGUCAAUAGACGAAGAUCAAAAUGACAAUGAAGCUAAGAAAGCUAUUUUGGAUACGGUUGACGAGUUGAAAUUACGCCAUGCUAAAGAACAAGUAGCAAUAGCAGAAAAAGCUAAAGAAGAAGAAAUUUACAAAGAAGAACUUGAAAGACAAAAGAUUCAAGCGCAGCUUUCUCCAGCAAAUGAUAAAUAUGAUGAUAGGCCAAAAUCGAAGAAGAAGUAUCCAGACUACGAUGAGUAUGAUGAGAAAUAUGUGUCACUUGAUGAAAAAUAUAAUGUGAGUCCAGAAAGAACGAAACCAACGACAACACGAUCCCCGAAACGAACAAGCAAACUUAAAGAGAAGAAGGAAAAGAAGAUAGAAUCUGGUAAACUGUCUGUAUUCAAGAAUCCACAAUUGUACAUAGUGUAUGACGACGACAGUGAAGAAACAACUACUGUAAAGUCAAAACCACGACAAUCAAACACUGUAAAACCGAAUAAACCAGAAAGAUUCUCGGCAAAAUACUCUGCAGCACCCGGAAUAGUAGAUUUAGUAGAAGGUAACGAAAGGAUCUCAUUAGUACCAGAAGAGAAUGAAGGUAAAGAAGGUGAACCAACACUAUUCUUCCCUAAAAGGAGAAAGAAUAAGAAACGCAAGAAGCCCGCAGCCGAUUUAUCAGACUCCACUUCUAUUCCAACAACUGAACAGGAGGUUAAAAAAGAGAAAAAUAUUACUACAAAGGCCCCAGUAUUUGACACUAUCUCUAAUGAAACGACAGCUACAGACAAUACUAGUACUGAAAUCACAGGAUCUGAUACCACUGGUUCAGAUUCCAUAAUAAUUGACACCACCCUUCAGACUGGACCGUCAGGAACUGAUGCUGUGUCAACAAAUAGUGAUGCGGUAACUGAUGCUAUACCAGCUUCGACCCAUCACCACAAGGAACCGGAGAAGAAAGAAGAGAAUUAUCAUCGAGAGAAGGGUGGUGGCAGGGAACACCAUUCCGAACACGAGGAGGAACAUAGCGAGGAGGGCAAGAAAGCCUAUGAGGGUCUACAUAAAGAAACCAAGUCAUCGAAAGGAUAUCAUGAUAGAGAAAACCAUUUGGGAAAAUAUGACGACCACGGAGGAGUCGACAAACAUCAUGAGGAGGAAUCAGGACACUACGGAGACCAUCAUCAUGAGGAACAUGGAAAAAAGCACGCGAAGUACGAGGAAUCAGGGAAACAUUCGAAAGGGCAUAGCACCAAAGGGAGCCACGACAUCCACAAGAAGGAAGAAUACGAGAAAAAGGUGGAAUUUUUCGAGGAAGAAGGCGACUCCGCCGAGGAGGAGAAACAUGGCGGCUUCAACGAAGAGCACGGUCACUCAAAAGGCGGGCAUUUCAAGAACGGCAACUACAAGGCGGGCCACGAGGAGCACAAGAAGGGGGAUUCCGGUCACUUCGCAAAAGGAGGUCAUUUGCACGUGUCUAAGGGACACAAGUCAGCAGCCGGUCACGACGCCCAUUCGAAAAAAAACAGUGCCCAUUUUGCCAAAGAGGGUAAAGAUGCGGGCAAGAAAUGGAUCUAUCAUCACGGUUAUCCGCCCAAAACCGCGAACCUGGUCCUAAUUGAUAGGAGAGCGGACCAAAUGUACCAUGGACCUCAGUAUUACGGAUAGACUGAUCUUUAAGAAGGCUAUCGCCAGAAAUUGAUACCUGAUAUUAAUUUAAAACUAUCGAUCUAUGUUUUUUGAAAGAAUUUCAUAAAUACAGUCAGAAUUCACUGAAUUAAUCUAUGUUUUUUAGAGAAAUUCAGUACAAUUCAUAUAUAAAAAUCAUACCAAUUAUAUCAGUUAUCAAUUUCAGCCAUAAGUGGUCUUAUUAGUACUGUCAAUUUCUGCCAAAUACCACCUGCACAAUGUAGCGUGUACACAAUAGUGUUAUUUUAUAAAUAUAUCAUCUCCCUUCUAAAUAUUUUGUUCCAUUGAUCGCCAAUUAUGAUACUAUAAUGACAAAAUGAUUCAAUGACAUUUUUCUUUUUUAGUUUCUAGUAUCUGUUUUUAGUGUUCCUAUAUUGGCUGACAAGGUAUUUGUAACUCCUCUUGUGUUGUGGGUGUCUUUAAGUGGCGAUGAUUGUUUAAUUACCAUCAUUGUUUGUUUAUUUCCUAUCUACUAUAUAAAAAUAAUCAAAGACAAUGGUUUAUAUAUUUCUAUUUGUUUCUCCUAGCUAUUGUUUUAAUUGAUUCUGAGGUCAGCACCAAUCGAGUUCUAAUCCGUUUUGCCUGAAUGGCAUCUUAAGUGGAAUAAUGGCCACAUAUACAUUUGUUAUGUAGUAUUAAUAAAACUGAUGGCAGUGUUUUCCUUAUGGUCUCUAACAAAUAGGCCUAUUAUUUUUGUUUAUAUAGCACUACUGAUUGGUUAUUAGUAUUAAAAUUUAUGAUUUGCUAACAAUAAACAUUUAAGAAUUUUUGAAACAUAAAAUUCGAACAUAAUGGAUUCAUCUGAUUAGUUUACAUGAGGGCAAUUUUAUGAAUAUUUUCGUAAUUUUGUCUCUUGG